AUGGCUAGAGAAUUUGAGAUGACGGAUAUUGGAUUAAUGUCCUACUAUCUUGGCAUUCAAGUGCAACAAAGGAAGGAUGGGAUUUUUAUUUCUCAAGGAGAAUAUGCAAAGGAAAUUCUCAAGAAGUUCGAGAUGGAUAAUUGCAAUCCCGUGAGCACCCCCGUUGAAUGUGGAGUUAAAAUAUCCAAGCAUGGAGAUGGAGAAAAUGUAAAUCCCACAUUUUUCAAGAGUCUUGUUGGAAGCUUAAGGUACUUGACAUGCACAAGGCCGGAUAUUCUUUAUGGUGUUGGACUUGUGAGCCGCUUUAUGGAAGCUCCUACUACCUCCCAUUUAAAGGUAGCAAAAAGAAUACUUCGGUACAUCAAAGAUACACUUGAUUAUGGAAUUCUUUAUUCAUCUUCUAAGGAUUCUAAGUUUGUGGGAUAUUGUGAUAGUGAUUGGGCUGGUGAUAUUGAUGAUCGUAAAAGUACUACUGGGUUUGUUUUCUUUCUUGGAAAUUCUGCAUUUACAUGGAAUUCUAAAAAACAACCAAUUGUUACUUUGUCAACUUGUGAGGCGGAGUAUGUUGCAGCUUGCUCAUGUGUUUGUCAUGCAAUUUGGUUAAGAAGUUUGUUGGAGGAACUUCACCAACCACAAAAGGAUGCCACAAAGAUUUUUGUUCGGCUAUCGAGUUAG